AUGGCCAGACAAGUUGAAGACAAUCUCCAAUGUCCGCUCUGCUUGGAGAUCUUUCAAGAUCCUGUACUGCUGCCGUGCAGUCACACCCUUUGUGACGGGUGCUUGCGGCAGUGGCGGAAGGAGAAAGGAGAUCUGUCGUGUCCGGUCUGUCGUGCGGAGUUUGCCUCGAUGGACCCACCUUUGAACUUGGCACUGAAGAAUGUGUGCGAGGCCUAUUUGCAAGUCUCGGUGGGCCCCCAGGACCUCUGCGGGAUGCACAAGGAGAAACUGAGACUCUACUGUUUGGACUGUUUGGAGUCGGUGUGCCUCGUCUGCAGGGAUGCAAAAAUCCACGCCGGCCACAGAUUUUGUCCCCUCGAUGAAGCCGCGCAAGAUCGCAGAGGCCAAGUCCAGGAAGCCCUGCAAGGCGUGAAGAAAACCUUGCAGCAUUAUAUCAACCUGAGAGAGAUCUACAACGGGCAAGCAGAGUACAUCCAAGACCAAAGGGAGUGGAUGGAAAGAAAGAUUCAGAAGGAUUUUGAGGAGCUGCGUGCUUUUCUGCAGUUGGAGGAAGAGGCCAGAUUGUCUGCUUUGAGAGAGGAAGAGCGGCAGAAGAGUCGGAUGUUGAAGGAGAAAAUGAAGGCUCUCGGUCAAGACAUCACCGCUCUCUCAGAUACGAUCGCAACCGCGAAACAGCUGCUGACCUCUGACCCCCUUUCCUUCCUGAACAACUACCAGGACACCAUGGCCAGAUUCCAGGAAGGGCCCGACGGGGCCCAGCUACCCAAAGGAGCGCUGCUGGACCGAGCCAAACACGUGGAAAACCUCAAGUUCGACGUGUGGGAGCGAAUGAAGGCUCUGUGUCCCCCUCAUCCUCCGGAACUCGCGCUGUUGGAAGAGCUGUUGGAAGAGAGUUUUCAAGUCGGACAGCGCCGUCCAAAGAACCCGGAGCGAAAUCACAAGUCCCACACAGUGGUGGCUUCUGUUUUGUGUCGUUUAUCAAGUUUUUUCCGUCCAAAUGAAACGAGACCCUCACAUUCAGCAGACGAUCACACUUGAACGCUGUCCAGAAAGAAAUCACUCACACCAAAAAGAAGAUUCUUUCUUUGUUUUUGAGACGCCAGGCCAUUAUUGACUGCAGCGGAUUUUAUUCUAGUCGACUUUAAUUGCCAGAUGAUUCAGACCUGCUGAAACACGAGGAAAUAAUAUUGCCCCGAAUCAAAACGCGAAUAUUCCAAAACAAAUUGGGUAAUUCUUGGAGCAAAUAGUCAUAACAAAAGUAAAAAUGUCAUCCAGACAUGCGUCCCCUUCAACCUUCCGGAAUGAAUACAUCUAGACCACAAUGUCAAAGUGCCGGAGAAGGUUUUCAGUGGCCCCUGGGAUGAUAUAGAUUUAUUAUUAGAACCGGCCCGCAGACCGCAGCAAGCCGGCAGCCCGCAGAUCUUUUACAAGCACCAAUACUGCAUUUCCCACAAUGCAACCCUGACGCGCAAAGCAGUCGGCCACUUUAUUUCAACAUUUAUUAGUGCAGCAGUCGCUCGCAUGACAUUGACGUUAGCUUUCAGAUACCCAUCAAAAAUGGCAAAAGGGAAGGUGGACACUAAGAACCGGGGGUUUCAAACAAGGUGGGAGUCGGAGUACAUGUUCAUGGACGUAGCUGUUUUCAUUCGCGGGGUGGACUCCAGCCUAAGCGUGACAGAGGAGUUUUUGGCUUUACAUCCUAUGCGUGACACAACUAGAGUGCAUGAAAAAGAUACGGCAGUGGGUGCUGCGCAGUUUGCCCGUUUCCUCCCCGACACAAUGGCCCAGCUGCGCAUCUGGGCUGCUCAAACAUUGUCGAUGUUUGGCAGCACAUAACUGGGUGAACAACUAUUUUUUUUUAUGAAGCUGAACAAAACAUCACACAGAAGUCGACUUACCGCUGAACACCUUCACUCAAUUUUGAGGAUUUGCUCAGCUCAGAGCCUGCCCCCAAAUAUUGAUGAACUUGUAGAAAAGAUGAGACACCACCAAAUAUCAGCCUCAGCCUCAAAGAAGUUAAUAUAGGAUUACUGUGCAAUCACAUAUUAAGAGUUUUUACUAAGUUGAAGUUUAAAAAUUAAAGUAUAAUAUUUGCUUUAACUGCAUGUUACUUCUCCUUGAAGAAAGUGUUGUUUUUGGUUAAUAUAUUUUUGCACUUUAUUUUAGUGUAUUUCAAUCCAAUUAUGUUUUUAAAAUAUUUUAUUCGAGUGAAUGAUUGAAAAUUGCUAUUAUUUGUUUGUCUUUGAAGUAAAUUUAGCCUACUUUUGCCAAAAGAGAAAAUAUGGACUAUUGAAUAAUACCGGCUUCCUUCAUUCAUGUUAUGGGUAUUUUUAUACAAGGGAAUUUUUUUUUUU